CCAGCCAGAGUCCGCUCCUGCGUUUGUGUCACGGGGCGUCCGGACGUGAUGUUUGAAGAAGACAGCGAACGGUCAUCUUCCUCAUCCUCGUUAGCAUAGCCUGCUAGCACCGAAGAUGUUUUGUUAGCAGCGUCGACGGAACACAAGGAGCCAUGAUCACCACUGAGGCUUCCAGAGAGUUUCAGGCCAAAGAGCGCAAAUACAAAGAGCAGCUGAAGAGAUGUUUGUCACCUGCUCUGUCUGCAGACCUGAAAAGGCUGCUGCAGGAGGAGCUGGAGACGGACAUUUGCCUGUGCACCGCUUCUGGUUCAGUCCGGGCUCACAGACCCGUGUUGUUGGCCAGAGCUCCUCAUCUUCUGACGGGACAGACGCACAAAGAUCCCACCACCAUCCACCUGCCAAACUAUGAGCUUUCUGCCCUCAAAGAUUUCCUCUGGCAAGUGUACACGGCAGACCAGAGCAUGCAGACGAAUGAAGCAAGUUCUGACUCUGGAGAUCUAAAUUCAGAGCCAGCAGACCCUCACAGUCCCCCUCUUUCAGGUGCUGCUGUUCUCGAGCCGGCCUCUGGACUUGGGGCCGACCUGCUGCAUUUGUACCACAAGGGGGAGCAGUGUGACAUCACCAUUCAAGUAGGAGAGCAGGUCUUCUCCUGUCACAGGGCGAUUCUGUGUGCACGCUCCCAGUACUUCAGAGCCAUGCUGACUGGAAGUUGGAUGGAAAGCUCCAGACAGUGCAUCACUCUGCAAGGUUUGGGGCCAGAUGAGAUGGAAAUCUUGCUCCAGUUCAUGUAUGGAGCCAUUGUAGAUUUGCCCAGUGGAGCAAAUGCCAGUCAGGUGAUCCUAGCUGCAGACAUGUUGGGUCUAGAGGGACUGAAAGACGUUGUGGAGAUGGUUUUUAUAAGAGAAUACUGCCGCUUCUUCCCCAAGCCAGUCGAUGGCGUUCAGAGAACAAUCCUUGAGUGCCUCUCGCUCACACACGUCUUAGGCCUUCAAAACCUCCAUAUGCAAUGUAAGAGAUGGGUGGCUGAGCAUUACGUGAAAGCCUGGUGUGAGAGGAACUUCUCCCUCUUGUCUGUGGAGCUGCAGAAAGCCUGUUUAACUGCUGUCACUGAAACAAUGACGGUGCAGAACGUGGUGACGGUGCUGUGUGGCACAGAGCAGCUCAUGGGCAGUCUCCCUGAGGUGAAGUGGGCCCAGCAGGUGAGGUGCCUGGCCACUCAGCUCCAGGACCAGAGCUUGCAGGUCAUUGUCCAGCACCUCCCCCGGGUCGUCCACACUCAGGCUUUCCAGGACCUCCUCAGGAGAGAAGAGUUUACAAGAGAACCAACUUUGCUGAAGAAGCUGUGUUCCGCCAUCAGAGAGGGUGUGACUGUAGACAACUGCUGUGACCUUUUCACGGCAGUCCAUCAUCUGUGUGGAGAUGCUCUGGAGGAGGACUUUCUUUUGGAGCAGCAGCAGGAGCCGUUCAGGCGAGAGAUUUGCGUGCUGCGCGGGCGUCUCUGGACCUUCCUCCUUCAGAGCUUUUAUGCUGUUCGCCACACACCGGGAUGGGACGCUCUGCCCUCCAAACACAGAGAGAGGAUCCUAGCAGAUGCUAUUGAUAAAGGAGAUAACCGACGACUUGGCAAAAAGCCUGUGUUCACUAGCUCACAGUCGAAGGCUGUAAAAUGCCCUACAUCUCUGCCUGAGAGUCCUCCGGUGCUCCGGACCCAGCGGGUUUCACAAAAAAGAAAUCCCUCCCCUCACAGCGCUCCGUCAGCCAUGAAAUCGGAUGGGCUGGGCACAGCAAACAGGCCGGGAAGCGGUCAGACAUCCAAAGGGAAGACUGUGCAGAAAGCGGGAGAUAGGAUCGGAGCGGCAAAAACCGCAUCGGCUGCUACCCCUUUUGUCAAUGGAACGGAAGCUGCACGGGCCAAACGGGAAGCGCUCAGGAGUUCCUGCGGUUCCAAAGAGCACGACAAGAAGCCAAACCCAGGAGCGAGGCCCAAAACGUCUCCUCAGAACCACACGCCUCCAAGUCAGGCAGCAACAAACACUCAGAGGAACUCUUCAGGAAAGGCUCCCGCCACUGCCGGCAGCACUCGAACUCAGCCCAGACCUUUGUCUGUGUCGGGCAGUACCUCGCCUGAGAACGGGGCCAGCAGCCCACACAUCGACGCCCACACAGUUCCAGGUGCAAAGCCCAAACAGCAAACCAAACCAGUUAACAAACCCCCUCUGACGAGGCCUCCUCAGAAACCGGAGCCAACAAAGAGCAGCAGUGCCUCCAGUAAGUCAAGCGUGAGAGAUGCUGCUAAAGCUAAGACUGCUGCAGCAGAGAAACCUGCAGCAAAAGCAGAUAGCAAAGGAAGAAGCACUUCCAACCCGGCCGUGUCCAAACAUGGAAUUUCCUUAAAGAAGACUGCUUCUCCAAGGACAGAAGACGUCAAAGAUGUGGUGAAAUCCUCUGCAGCGGACAGAGCCGUCAGCAGCGUUUCUAAAAAGAUCACAAAACCAAACUCGUCAAACGGAGUUCUGCCUAAAUCUAAUGUUAAAACAGCAAAACUCUCCGGCGCCUCAAACAAGCAACCAGCAGCGACUGCCAAGUCUGUGCCAAAAACCAAAAGUGGACCUGAGAUAUCCACUGAAAAAUCUGCACCAAAAACGUCCCAAACCUCGGCUACAUCCAAAAAACUUGACAGUAAAGAAAAGGUACCGGCGAAUGGGAAAGGCACUAAACCCAAGUUGGAACCAGCAAACACUGGGACUGAUACUGUGGUGGAAAAAGACACCACGGAGUCCUCUGAGAAACACGCAGCAAAGUCCACACAGUCCAAUCCAAGUGGCGCUGACUCACUGUUCCCAAACACCAACGUCCAGUUGGACAACAGUGCAGGAAACGAGAAGAGCGUUAAGCCAACUGCUAACGUGCUUCAUGUCAAAUUUGCUGAACCACAGUCUUGCAAAGAGACGGUGGAGAACAAAGCAGCACAGCCUCAAAAGAGCGUAGGCUUUGCUAAAAUCAGCGGACAAGCUCCUGGGGUCAACGCGCCAAAUUCCCGGGGAGGCGUCGAACGCUCGAGCGAUGUUCCCUGUAAUACAGGAAGUCCCCAGGAUGACUCCUGGAGUGGAAUAAACCAUCAGUUCACCCCCGAAUCUGAGACCGGCAGCACUCGCACCACUUCCUCGGACGACAUCAAACCUCGUUCAGAAGACUAUGACGCAGGAGGCUCCCAGGAUGACGACUUCUCCAACGACAGGGGUGUGUCCAAAUGUGGCACCAUGCGCUGUCCGGACUUUCUGGGGCGCAGUAGCAGUGACACCAGCACCCCAGAGGAGCUGAAGAUGUAUGAAACCGGGUCAGGGUUGAGAGUUGAGGUGCGCUUACGUGGCAGAGAAGCAGAGACCACCAGCGAGGAGGAGGCAGUGAGACAGCGACCUUGCUCCUGGUUGCAAAGAGAUGAGGUUUCCAUGGAAAAGAAGCCCUCAGAUGUUGAGGCAGCAAGUGGCCCCAACCAUCAACCUCUCUCCUUUGAGGACGACGACGACGAUGAGGAAGAUGACGAAACAGAAGACGAGAGGUCAGAAGUUGAAGUUAUUCCAGGUCAGACUCAAAUGUCACCAACAGAACCCUCGCCACAUUUUCAGGGAAUUGUCAACCUUGCGUUUGACGAUGACACCGUGGACCAAGAUACAGAUCAGGCUGGCUACCAAUCCACCGCAAACUUCCGCCGCUCAGUUUUGCUGUCUGUUGAGGAAUGCGAGGAGUUGGGCUCAGAGGAAGGCGGAGCCCAAACUCCACCUCAGCAUCCAGAUGAAGGUUUGACUUCCUGUGAUGUUUUCGAGUCUGAUUCAACCACUCCUCAGUUUGGUUAUGCCACCGACCCAGAGAGUCACCCCCUAAAACAUCCUGAAGAAAACCUUUUGAAGCACAAGGAGGAGAAUUGUGAAGAAAGAUCCAUAUUCCUUACGGAGAUCCUCGAGCCCGUGCAGGGGGAGACCAAUCACCUCCCACUGAAUGAAACAAAAGCCAUCAACCCCUCCCUGGACUCCGACUCCAGAGACACGCCCCAAGAACGCCCAAGCCACCUGGACCUGCGGCCAGCAGAACAGUACAAUGGAGGGAAAAGCAAAAAUCCUCCCCAACAGUCAGAGAGCAACAAGGCUGAUUUACAUCUAGACUUAAAAGACCCUCAGCUGACAGGCAGCUCUCCUGUUCAUGCUGCACAGUCUCCAGCAGGGGACAAUGGUUGUGACAGAAUGGAUCAAAGCUGCAAACAUGACCGCCGGCCAUCCAAAAUCCUGUCACCCAUUUACGAGAUGGACAUGGGGGAGGCCUUUGAGCACUGCUCGGAUAAGGGCAGAGAUGGGGAACGACAGGUGGAAGAAGACAAACAAAGAGAAGAUGGCGACAAAAGCAGCGAGUUUGCAGAGCAGGACUGGAGCCUGCUGAGGCAGCUUCUCUCAGACCAUGAGUCCAGUCUGGGCGUCAUCAAUCCUGUGCCUGAGGAGCUAAACUUGGCUCAGUACCUAAUCAAGCAGACGCUGUCUUUGUCCCGCGACUGCCUGGACUCACAGUCCAUCCUGUCCCCUGAGAAAGAGUCCUUCAAACGCUGGGCAGAGCUCAUCUCACCUAUGGAGGACUCCUCCACCAGCAUCACCGUUACUAGCUUCUCCCCAGAAGAUGCCGCCUCCCCACAAGGGGAGUGGACCAUUGUGGAACUGGAAACACAUCACUGACGACACAGAGAGCCUUCAGCUAAAAAUCUGGAUUAUGUUUCUGCUGACUGUCUUAAUUUAUUUGUAAUUUAUAAUCCUGUUCUGUCUCGAUCUUUUUGACGUUUAUCCUGGACUGAACAGAGCUUUGGACUUUGCAGCAGCAGUUCCCAUCAUGCCCUUAGUGGACUUGUUCUUGAUACAAGUGGGCUGUUGUGCAUGCUGAUAUUUUUUACAACUUUUUCUUUUUCUUAGAGGUCUAUAAAAGGGUUUUCUGAAUCAUUAAAAAAAACUUUAUUGGUCCACUGACUUGCAUUAUUGUAAGUGUAAAAUAAAAGCUGUGUUUAUGAAAAAUA